AUGAGAAAACUUAUCUACAAAUUUUCAAGACCAACAUAUCUUGAUUUCUAAGCCACGACUCCUACAGAUUACAGAGUUUUGGAUGCUAUGUUACCCUAUCUAACCAAUCAAUACGGCAAUCCUCAUAGCAAAACACAUUCAUUCGGAUGGGAAACUGAAAAGGCAGUGGAAAAAGCAAGAGCCUCAAUAGCUAACUUGAUCAACACACAACCUUAAAGCAUCAUUUUUACAUCCGGAGCCACAGAAAGUAAUAAUGCUGCAUUAAAGGGUUUAUAUGGAUUUUAUGGUAAAUAAAAGAAUCAUAUCAUUACAACCCAAACUGAACAUAAAUGUGUCUUAGACACCUGCAGAUACCUAGAGGAAAAAGGAGUUGAAGUUACGUACUUGCCAGUCGAUUCUAAUGGCUUGAUCUCAUUACAACAAUUAUAAGAAUCUAUUAAAUCCAACACAUUAUGUGUCAGUGUUAUGCUUGUGAAUAAUGAAAUUGGAGUCAUUUAAAACUUAAAAGAGAUAAGCAGAAUCUGUCAUCAACGCGGAGUAUAUGUUCACUCUGAUAUGGCAUAAGCUAUUGCUAAAAUUCCAGUUGAUGUUUAAGACCUCGAUAUAGAUUUAGGUAGUAUCUCUGCUCAUAAACUGUAUGGACCAAAGGGAAUUGGAGCCUUAUAUGUGAGAAGAAAACCAAGAGUUAGAUUACAAUAAAUUAUUCAUGGUGGAGGGUAAGAGAGAGGUUUAAGAAGUGGUACUCUUGCACCUCAUUUGUGUGUUGGAUUCGGUAAGGCUGCUGAGAUAGCAUAGACUGAAUUGCCAUAUGAUAUUUAACAUGUAGAUAAAUUAUACAUCAAACUUCUAAAUGGAAUAAACCAAAGGAUUCCUUAAAUUCAAAUAAAUGGAUCAUUAGAAUAACGUUACAAAGGAAAUUUGAAUGUUUCAUUUGCAUUUGUGGAAGGUGAAUCUUUACUUAUGGCCAUAAAAUAAGUUGCUGUGUCAUCAGGGUCUGCUUGUACUUCUGCUUCUCUGGAACCUUCAUAUGUACUUAGAGCUCUAGGAGUCAAGGAAGAUAUGGCUCAUACAAGUCUAAGAAUUGGAAUUGGACGAUUUACUACAGAAAGGGAAAUAGAUUUCUUAAUUGAUUAAUUGAGUUAAGCUGUCAGUAAACUGAGAGAGAUGUCUCCAUUAUGGGAAAUGCAUUAGGAAGGAAUUGAUAUUAAUAAGAUUGAAUGGACUCAACCACAUUGA